UCUAGUCUACGAUCACAUUUCAACAACUGCUACAGAGACGCAUGGAUAGACAGAUCCAUGGGAACAGUCAAAGAAACAGUGCCUCUCCUCUGGGUGGCUUGUGGUUUGGUGCUCUCGGUUCUGGGCCUGGCUUGUGGACAGGAUGUCUGCGGAGCCCACAAGAGCACAGAAGAACACGUGUCCCCUGUGUUGGAGUCCCUGAAAUGCCACAAUGACUACCAGAGCCGGCUCAACUGCAGCUGGACGACCCCUAACACAAGCGCCCUCACAGGCCUCACCCUCCACCACUGGGCCAGCUACAAGGACAGCUGUGACCUGAAUAAGUCUCUGUGCCAGCCGUACAGGGAGAUAUGGACCUCCAGUGGCCAGAGGACCGUCCAUUGUUCGAAGACGCUUGUGUUCGGAGCCCAUUAUAACCACGCCUUCUUCUUCAAGCCCUCUGGGGCCCUGGCCACGCCCCCACGCAUUCCCCUCUCCCAGCACGUGAGAGCGCGUGCACCAGCGGAGCUCUCAGAGCAGGCUGAGGAGGGAGGGGGUCGGCUGCUCCACUGGGCCAGCCCCUACCCCCCCCCCGUCCCCCCUGGCCUCCAGCCCCCCGGCCUCCAGCCUUCGCUACCAGCUGAGUUACAGGACCCAGCAGCAGGACUGGACGGUUGUGGAGGUCUCUAACACCCAUCUGAGGCUGAACGCUACGUCGCAGCAGCCUGGCUGCCGGUACGAGGCCAGGGUGCGAGCGCGCGGGGCGUGGGCAGUGUGGAGUGAGUGGAGCCCCCUGGUGGUGUGGCAGACCACAGAGGGGCCCUGGGGGCUGGACUGUGUGAUGGAAACAGAUAGUGUGGUGAAGUGUAGCUGGAGGCUGAGCAGGGAUCUGGCUCAGGCCAGCACCUACCGGCUGUCCUGCAGACACAAAGACACCAGCCAAGUGCGGUGCUGUGUUAACUCCACGGUCCAGGAUGAACCAGGAGAGUCAGAGCUGCGGUUCAGCUGUCUCAUAUCUGCCUCUGACCUUGAGCACCUUUACGUGGAGCUGCUGCCUUCUCACAACACCAAGG